AUGAAAAUUUCAAAGAGGCUAAUGACAGGAGUAAUCGAUGAAAACAUCAAAAAUACUUUACAAUCUACUAUAGAGGCGCUGCAUAGCGUUUGUCCGCAAAAGGUGGAUAAAUCAUCUAUACGUAGAUCGCUUUACGAUAUUUUAAAUAAAAACCAAGCAUUCCGAAAGAAAUCCGCGGCUAAUUUGAAAAUAUAUGGCUGGUUAACCUUCGUAAAAGCUAAAUUUAAUAAAUCAAGAUAUGACGCCGGACGACGCUUAGCUGAUAAUAGGAGUACUCCCCCACCAGUACAGGAAGAAUUUUCUUUCUCUAUCAAUGAACAAGGAGCUUUUACCGUGGAGUCCUUUGCCGCAAGACAAAAUCCCAAAGUCAAUAAAGAUUUUGGAAAUGCAGAUACACUCUGCAUUUUAAACUUUAUCAUCGACAAUAUAGAGAUCUUUACGACUAAAUCUGUAUUCCACGGUACGAACAGUGAAAAUGCCAUCGAGAUAUUCAAAGAAUAUAAGAAGGAUGUUCGCCACAAAAUGGCCCACGGUAUAGUGAACGAAAAUGGCAGGUGGAGUGAUCUUGCUCUACAAAAUGUCUCACUUCUAGCCUGUAAAGUUGUCGAAUGCCUAAAUGGCAAUUAUGAAUAUACCUGUAUAUACGCAGAACGAGAGAAGUUAAACGCAGAAAUCAUGAAGAAAAAUUCUACUCAUAAGUGUACGAACAUCAGUCAACCAACACAGAUAUGA